GUGGCAUACUAUGUAAAACAUUUGCAACUUGCCAAAUCAGUCAAACGUAAAUUAUUUAUUUAGGGGCUGAAAAAUCACUUCUGCCUGAUUUUUAGCUACAAAAACGAGAAAAAAAUAGCAUUUUUCUACUGCUUCUUGAGCACGUGUUCUUACCUAGCGAUAAGCACCUUAAAUACAGGGCGCGUGCGCGGGCAGGUCGCCGCCGAAAGCCUGCGAGAUUACCCAGCAACUUUGCGUCUUCCCAGAGAGCGUCCGUGGUGGAACUGGGCAAGCAUGGGGAAGGUGAAUGUAGCCAAGCUUAGGUACAUGAGCCGCGAUGACUUCAGAGUUCUGACUGCGGUUGAAAUGGGCAUGAAAAACCAUGAGAUUGUUCCCUGCAGUUUGAUUGCUUCUAUAGCCAGCCUGAAACAUGGUGGCUGUAAUAAGAUUCUAAGAGAAUUGGUGAAGCAUAAACUUAUAGCGUGGGAACGUACUAAAACUGUGCAGGGCUAUCGGUUGACAAAUGCUGGCUAUGAUUACCUAGCUCUGAAAACGCUGUCUUCUAGACAGGUAGUUGAAUCUGUUGGAAACCAGAUGGGUGUGGGCAAAGAGUCAGACAUUUACAUUGUUGCCAAUGAAGCCGGGCAGCAGCUCGCACUGAAGCUCCACAGACUCGGAAGAACUUCCUUUCGAAAUCUGAAAAACAAGCGCGAUUACCACAAGCACAGGCACAAUGUUUCUUGGCUUUACUUAUCUCGGCUCUCGGCCAUGAAGGAAUUUGCCUAUAUGAAGGCAUUAUAUGAGAGGAAAUUUCCAGUUCCAAAGCCAAUUGAUUAUAAUCGCCAUGCAGUGAUCAUGGAGCUUAUUAAUGGUUAUCCCCUAUGUCAGAUACAUCAUGUUGAAGACCCUGCAUCAGUAUAUGAUGAAGCUAUGGAACUGAUAGUCAAACUGGGAAACCAUGGACUGAUUCAUGGAGAUUUCAAUGAAUUCAAUCUCAUGUUGGACAAAGAUGACCACAUCACCAUGAUUGAUUUUCCGCAGAUGGUUUCCACAUCCCACCCAAAUGCUGAAUGGUAUUUUGACAGAGAUGUUAAAUGCAUUCGAGAAUUCUUCAUGAAACGUUUUAGCUAUGAAAGUGAGCUCUACCCAACCUUCAGUGAUAUCAGGAAGGAGGAUUCUCUUGAUGUUGAGGUCUCUGCCAGUGGUUACACAAAGGAAAUGCAAGCAGAUGAUGAACUGCUACAUCCAGUAGGCCCAGAUGAUAAAAUUACUGAAACAGAAGAGGACUCUGACUUCACGUUUUCUGAUGAAGAAAUGUUAGAAAAAGCCAAAGUGUGGAGGUCAGAAUUGGAAAAGGAAGCAGACCCAGCAGAUGAAUCAGGUGGAUCCUGGUGCUGCUCGUCUACAGACAGCAAACAAAUAAAGGAUGGCGGCUUACCAGAGGAGAGUGCUCAUGUGUCCAGUUUCGAAGUGACGGCAUUAAGCCAAGCUGUAGAAGAGAUGGAAAGGCAGGUUCUUCCCCACAGGUCGGUUACUGAGUUCUCUGAGGAGAGCAGGAGAACUGAAAAUGAUGGGCAGCCAGGUCAGAGAAGCCCUGCUGGCUCUGAGGACUGUGACGAUGAACCCCCCCAUCUGAUUGCCUUGUCAUCAGUGAACAGGGAGUUCAGGCCUUUCAGAGACGAAGAGAGUAUGAGUAGUGUUACUCGGCAUAGAACAAGAACAUUGAGUGUUACGUCUGCGGGCAGUGCCCUAAGCUGUUCAACAAUCCCUCCAGAACUGGUGAAGCAGAAGGUGAAGCGUCAGCUGACAAGGCAGCAGAAGGCGGCUGCCAGACGCCGGCUGCAGAAAGGAGAAGCCAAUGUGUUUACCAAGCAGCGGAGGGAAAACAUGCAGAAUAUUAAAUCGAGUUUGGAAGCAGCCAGCUUUUGGGGAGACUAAUAGAUUUCUGAUAUGUAUUAUUUUUUUAGAUGCUAUAAUUUUAUUUUUAGCCAGUAUAUUGGUCUUUUUUGGACCAAAGCCAGUAAAUUAUGGAAAUAAAGCCUCUUUAGACUCAGAGCUUCCAAGGUCUGAUUAAUAGUAAAUCUGCCAAGCACUCUGUUUCUUAAAAUUUUUCAGGUAACUAAUUUAAAUAUAAAAUAACGUGUGAAAAAAACUUCAUUGGCAGUAAUUGCAAAACAUGGACAUCAUUUUUAUUUCACUGUGAUGUUCAGACUCUGCCUUAAACAGGUAGAAAAAUGACUUGCCUCAGAUUCUGGAUUUACAUGUAAUAAAUAAUAGAACAACUUAAUGCAAUCUGUAGUUCUCUCUUUUCUCCUUCAGUCGGUCACACUUGGGCUUUUACUACAUUGGUGAGUUGGCUUUAGGAUCACCUGAGACAGUCAGUACACAGUUAUUUGACCAUUGGAGUGAAACUGAUCGUCUUCUGUUUCUUUAGACUUCUGGAGUGGAGAUGAAUCAGUAAUGGGUAGACGAGCAGCAGCGGGUCUUUUGGUGCCGUUCUCAUUGGCCCUGUGGUCGUGGGAAAAGGAAGUUUAGGUUCCUACCAGUAUUUUUGCAGUUGUCAGCUUUCCCCAGGUUUCAGCAGAAGUGGGGGGAGGGAGGGAGGGAGGGAGGGAGGGAGGGAGAGAGAGAGAGAGAGAGAGAGAGAGAGAGAGAGAGAGAGAGAGAGAGAGAAUGCAUGACUCCAGGAUGUGUUCCUACCUCAGUGUUAACAAGUCUCUAGAACAACACUCUGGUGUGAUUCAUCCCUCAAGCGCAUUCUAAUUCAGUCAGUGGAAGUGAGUGUAAGUAUACAAGCACUGUCCCUUCAGCUUCCCUGAGCAGAUCUCGAAUAGAAGAUCGUCUUCAGCAAGAAGUGACCACCAGAUGGCAGUGUUUGCCAGCAGUGACAUGAUAAAAACACCAGCUUCCCUUUUACCUUAGCAAAAUUCAUUCUGACUAUUUGUAACUGAUCACUAUCUAAGCGCAUUUAAAUGUUUGGAUAUAUGAAUAUGUCAAGUGCAGUUUCUUUGAAAAUUAGACUGAUUUUUGGAAGUGUUGAUAUAGCCCUGUUUUAAAAUGUAGUUUAAGCUCAGAUACUCAUUUUUUAUACUCUGCUAAAAGUGUUUCUAUAACAUAAACUGAUGUUGAAGAUAGUUUAAUAAGACCACAGAAUGUUUAUUUUGUAAUACGUUUUUCUUAUGUCCAAAGCAGAUUGGGAAUAAAAGUGUUUGACCUCA